AUGAAGAGUACGCUCUUUCGUUGCCUCUUGGCAAUGGCCAUGAGCGGCCCCGCUGCUGCUCUGCCGGCUCCCAACGCAGCUCCCAACACGUCUCCCCGGGCCGACUUACUAAAGACCCAAGUCACAAUUGCUGAUGGCACUGUUGUGGGAUCUGUUGGCCUUGUCGAAAACUUUGGCGGAAUACCAUUCGCUCAGGCUCCUGUUGGCCCUUUGCGAUUGAAGCCACCGCAGAAGCUGACGUCCUCGUACGGAACGCUCGAUGCAACGGGUUCGGGGCCGUCCUGCCCACAGAUGUUCUUCUCCACGGACGGCGAUCUAUUGACAUCGGUCCUGGGAAACCUGCUGAACACGCCUCUGUUCCAGACUGUGACCGGCCAAACGGAAGACUGUCUGACCAUGAGGGUCCAGCGACCGGUCGGCACAAAGGCGGGAGCAAAACUCCCCGUUCUGCUCUACAUCUUUGGAGGUGGUUUUGAGCUGGGAAGUCCGCAAAUGUAUGAUGGCACCAGCCUGAUACUCAACGGCCUCGCAAUGGGCAAACCAUUCAUAUUUGUCACUGUCAACUACCGCGUCGGUGGCUUCGGCUUCCUGCCGGGCAAGGAGAUUCUUGCCGAUGGGUCUGCUAACCUGGGGCUCCUUGACCAGAGACUUGGUCUGGAAUGGGUUGCCGAUAAUAUCGCUGCUUUCGGUGGUGAUCCUGACAAGGUCACCAUCUGGGGUGAAAGUGCGGGUGCUAUUAGUGUCUUUGACCAGAUGGCAUUGUAUGAUGGCAACAACAAAUAUAACGGAAAGGCCCUGUUCCGGGGAGCCAUCAUGAACAGUGGUAGUGUCGUACCCGCUGAUUUUGUUGAUUGCGAAAGGUGCCAAGACGUUUACGAUACCGUCGUUGAGAAUGCCGGCUGUUCAGGGGCUGCCGAUACCCUGGAAUGCCUUCGAGGAGUCGAUUACGAUAUCUACGUCAAGGCUGCGAACAGCGUUCCAGGUCUUCUCAGUUAUACGUCUGUCGCCUUGUCCUAUGUCCCUCGACCGGACGGAACAGCCUUGACUGCCAGCCCCGAUAUCUUGGUGGAACAAGGCAAAUACGCGGCUGUUCCGAUGAUUAUUGGAGACCAGGAAGACGAAGGGACGCUCUUCGCCUUGUUCCAAUCAAAUAUCACCAAUACGGAUCGCCUCGUUGAUUACCUUAACGAUGUCUUCUUCCGAGGCGCGACUCGCGAGCAGAUCGCUGCCCUUGUUGACACCUACCCAGACGAUAUCACAGCCGGAAGUCCCUUCAAUACGGGCAUACUCAACAACCCCUACCCCGAGUUCAAGCGCCUCGCCGCGAUACUAGGAGAUUUGGUCUUUACUCUGAGUCGUCGGCUGUUCCUAGCCGGCACAUCUGCUGUCAACCCGAAGGUACCGUCUUGGUCAUACCUCUCCAGUUACGACUAUGGCACACCAAUUCUCGGCACUUUCCACGGAUCCGAUAUCCUGCAAGUCUUCUACGGCAUCUUGCCGAAUUAUGCCAGUGUUGCUUUCGCUAGUUACUACCUGUCUUUCGUGUACAACCUUAACCCGAAUAACGGGAGUGGCAUUCUGCCUGACUGGCCGCAGUGGAGCGAGAAAAAGCAACUGAUGCAGUUUACAAACAUUGCAAGUUUCAAAGCAAAUGAUAACUUUAGAAGCAAGCAGUACGAUUGGAUAUCCUCCAAUAUUGAUAUAUUGCAUAUCUAG